UUGGACAUGGUUUCCGUCUGAGGAGGUUUAUUUUCCUCAGGCUAUGGAAAGGAGUGGGAUGAUGCCAGAGAGCUGCAGGCAGACACAAACACAGGUUUAAAACUUUGAGUAGUUUUCAGCACAAGAAGAUUUUAAUUCAUCUAGAAAUCAUUCUGUCUUCUGAAGUUGCAGACGUGCAUCUUUUGCUCAUAUAGGCUGGUAACAAAUGCAGCUGGAUCCUGCAUUCGUGAGCUGAGCUGAGGUGCUGCUCCUCUCUCUUCCUUUGCCUUUCAGAUCUGUGGAACUAAGACAUUUUGGGACUUUUUGGCUUUCUUUUCACUUUGGAGAUUUGCAGACAACUGGGAAAUGAAUGCUGACACCUCAAAGUGAAAUUGCUGACUACUUUAGCUGUUACUGGGGGGGAAAAGGUGAAGAAGACUGCAACAUCACCACCAUCAUUACUGCAACAAUCAAGCUGAGCAUCAGCAAACUGGACAAGUUGUUUAUACAGAAUACUUGAGCAAGGAAUCAUGAAAGACAACUAUGGAGGAUACGAGAACCGGCUUUUCAAAGAGGAGGAUCUCACUGGCGAGGAGGAGGAAAUACCUUCAUUUAGAGGUCGUACCAGAGGUGGCUGUGUGAGGUGCCAGCAGAGCCAGUCACUCCAGCUGGCUGUCAAAGUCCUUUUUGGAUUUGUUGCAUUUCUCAUCAUCACCGUUGCAGUGCUGGCGUCACUUGUGUUCAGGAAGGUUGACAACCUGGCUGACGAGGAGUCUGUCUACUAUAAGAAGAUCAUCAGUGUUCAGCAAGGAAUAAAGGAUGUUAGCUCCACCUCUAACUGUUCAGGCUGUCUGGAUGUGACUUUGUACAGUGAGGAGAUCAGCAGGCUGAAGAUAGAGUUUGAAGACAUCCAGAGAAUGAUACUGGCACAGGAACAGGUCCUUGACGAGGCCUCUCAGACCCAGACCAAUCUAAAAGCCACCAGCACCCGGCUGACUCGCGACAUGCAAAACCACCUAAUGUCAAUCAAAUUUCUCAACCAGUCGCGGGAAAGGUACCUGGAUCAGGUGGAGGGCUGGAAGGACGUGAUCGAGGAAAAUGGCGAGAAGUUGAAAACUCUGACAGAGGAUCAGGAUGACAUCAAAGCUACCGCACAGCAAGUUAACACCACAGUGGCGCUCAGCACAAUGCGGAUAGACGCCCUGCAGAGGAAAGCAAAUGAGGAAACUGUUGUCCUCCAGAAGCUGACCAGCGACUGGCAGAACUACAGCCGAGUUCUGAGUGUGAUGAAAUCCAACACGAGUAACACCGUGCAAAACAUGCGCUUUCUCCAAAACAACAUCAUAGCAGAUCACCAGAGAAUAGCCAUGUCCACUGAAGUGUUCUACGACCUCACUCAGCAGGUGAUGAACCUGCAGAUGCAGCUUGAUAAUGUAACCUCUUUCAUGGAUGAGUAUGAAGAGAACAUGCAUGACCUUCAGUACCAUUCCAGGUACUACGAAAAUCGGACAGGCGAACGCUUCUCUGCCUUGGAUGGUCGUCUGAACUCCAUUGAAAUGGAGAUCGACACAAUAUCCUCCAGCAUCAACGCCACCGUCAGUCACGUCCAAAGCAUGUACAAGUAUGUCAACAUCGAGAGUUCAACCUGUCAGGGCCGCCUGAGCAGACAAACAGAAGAUCUACAGAACAUGAACAAUACAGUCUUGUUACUCCUCACCUUGGCCGACACGCUGAGACAGCAGAACAUGUUGUUGAAUGUCCGACUAGAUAUGGAUGUCAGGAACCUGUCCAUGGUGAUGGAGGAGAUGAAGCUGGUAGAUACACACCAUACACAGGUCAUAAAGAACCUCACUAUAGUAAAAGGUGUUCCAGGACGACCAGGGCCCAAAGGGAACCGUGGUGAGACUGGUUCAAAAGGACCCAUGGGACUGACUGGAAGCAAAGGUGACCAAGGCCCCAUAGGAGGUCGUGGAUCUGCUGGAGAGAAGGGGUCUAUUGGACCUAAAGGUGCACCAGGUGAAACAGGCCCCACUGGCAACAGAGGUGCAGUAGGCAUAAAAGGAGCCAAAGGAUCUCUUGGUCAGCCAGGGUCCCGUGGUGAGAGGGGCCAGAAAGGUGACAUGGGCCCCUCUGGAAAAGACGGGCCCCCAGGACCAACAGGACCUAAAGCAAUCGAGGGUGAUGUAGGACUACCAGGCAUGCCUGGGCCAAAAGGGCCAAAAGGAAAACCUGGGCCAGUUGGGUCCCCUGGCCGACCAGGAACUCCUGGACCUCCAGGAUUGCCAUAUCCCCAUGACCAAAUCAAUGUCCAGCAGCCAAACGAGUCUGCUGCUGGAUCCGAGAGGCGUUAGAACUCAGAGGUGAUUUAUAAACCACAGAAGCUUUAUUGACAGAUAUAAACAGGAAGAGUAUAUCGACAUUGUGACUGGUGAUGCAGCAGUUGAUGAAAGGAAAAACUCUUAUUCCAUUUACAUGGGAUUGUGCAAGAUGGCAGAGAACUUCAUAACCAUACCAAGUGCAACAGGUAUUCUCCUGAUAAAAAAGACUUAGCAAGCUGAGGUAAAUCAAGAGGAAGGUUUACAAUUAGAAGACAGAACUGCUGCCACAGACUGAACUGUUGUUUCCUUUGGUUUAUCAUUGACUUCUAAUUGACCAUUUUUGUCUUGAGAGUACCCAGAACAAUAAUGGACGAUUUGGUUAGACUUUGUUGGUAAGAGGAGAAACUGCCUUCAUCCAACACUGGGAUCUCACCAGUGCUUUUGAUGGGUCUUCCCUCACCCACCUGGUAAUCCAGAUACAAAUAACAAACAAUGGGCUUUUAAUGGAGUGGAAACUUUUAAUAGAUGGUGGGAAAUCAUGCCCAUUAUUGAAUUUGAAUGUACUCGAAGGGAAGAAGGUGUGUGAAGUUGUUGUGGAGUCACCAAAACCACAGAGGGCAUAAUAAAUAAGAGGAGAAUUGGUCUGAAGUAGUGGUGGUUUCCCAUCCACGCUACCAGACUACUCAAGGGUUUACAUUUCCAUGCACUAGUAUAAGGACACAAAAAAGUCUGCUUCUUCUUACAUUAUAUUCACAUUGACACAUCCUUUUCUGGUGGACUGCACUUUAUUGGUUCUUUAAGAGUAAAAUUUGAGAAUUUGUGUCCAUUUUAUUUCAGAGCAGGUACUCUGACGUAAAACAGUGAUUUUAUGACGUCUGUUUGAUGAAUUGAAAAUUUGAAAAUACACAGUUUAGGCCCUUCCAGUCUGAAAUUUCAGUUGAGUGCUCUGAUGACCAUUAACCUAUUUUACAUUGUAUAAGAUGUUUACUACUCUUGUUGCUGUUGUAAGCAAAAAUGAAGAAAGUAACUAGUUCGGAAAUACAUUUUCUUUUAUUCCAAAAAUAAGAUGGGAAGAUUGAAACCACUCUCAUGUCUGUGCAGUGAGAAAGAAGCUAAAGCCAGGAGAAGACUAGCCUAGGCAAAGCAUAAAGACUGGGGGCGUGGGGGGAAACAGCUAGCCUUGCUCUGUGCAGUGUAACCCUAACCUUAAUUAAUACGUAUCUUGUUUGUUUAGUUCAUACACAAACAAAAAUGCAAAAAUCUCAAUUUGUGGUUAUAAGGUUGUUUUUUGUGUAGAGCGUCUUCAAGAAGCUGUUUUGUCACAGUGCAUGCAACUGCCUCUGAAAUCACAAGUUGUUGUUUUACCAUUUCUGUGUAUGUACAACGUAAAAAACAAGAUACAACAUUUUUAUUAUUAUGAAUUUUGAGCUAUAUACAGAGCCAGGCUAGCUGUUUCCUAAUGCUAAUGUGUGAUAUUGAUCUGUGAAGUGAAUGAAAAUGUACUGUUUCUUUUGGAGGUAUGACGAACACAAGGAACUCAUUCAACUCAUAAAAUGUUGGUACUUGUGUAAAACAGUGAUAAAAAUGAUCAACACAAAGGUAGCGCUUACUUACAGUUGGUUUUCAUACAACACAUUUUUUACAUCUGCCACAGUUUUUACUAAAAUCACUUGUGAUAACAGAGUAAUCACUUUUAAAGCGGUUUACAUCUUACGAUACAUACACAAAUAAUCAUUUAUAGCUAGGGGCUUUACAAAAAGGGAAACGUACUAAUUGUUUGUAAGACUGUGUGUUGUUAUGAAAUGCGACUGGCUUGCAUUGAACUCCAAUAAAAGCUUCUUUUUUUAA